AGCGAGAGGGAUGCACGGCUCUCUGCGGUGCUGUCUGGGGCUGCUGGUCCUCUCAUGCUCCACCUUCAGCCCGUCCUCCGGCCUCAGUCUGCCGCAGAACAGAGGCUUCUUCACCGUGGAGGCGAGGAGGGAUGAAGGAGGAGGAGGUGGAGGUUCUUCUGCAGGAGGAGCGGCUCCUCUGCAGAGUGUGGCCGCUCACAGUGCACCACAAGGCGGGUUGCAGCAGCAUCGCAGCCGCCGGAGCCCUGGAGAACCGGCCAUGCCAAAGGUGUACGGACAGGCCGCCCUGAACGACUCCCAUAACCAGAUGGUGGUCCACUGGGCCGGGAAGAAGAGCAACGUCAUCGUGGCGUUGGCCCGGGACAGCGCCGGAGCCAUCGGACCCAAAACCAGCUCGGUGUACGUGUCCUACGACUACGGGACGACCUUCUCGCUGGUCUCAGAUAAGUUCCAGCUGUCAGGGGUCAAAGCCAAAGACGGAAACAAGCAGGUCAUCUCCCAGUUCUACCACAGCCCAGCAGACAACAAGAGGUACCUUUUCGUGGACUCCACCAACAACUACCUGUGGAACACCUUUGACUUCUGCCGGAGCAUCCAGGGCUUCUCUCUGCCCUUCAAGCCGACCGACCUGCUGCUGCACAGCCGCAGAUCCAGCCUGGUGCUCGGCUACGACAGCUCUCACCCCAACAAGCAGCUGUGGAAAUCAGACGACUUCGGGGAGACCUGGGUGUUGAUCCAGGAGCACGUGAAGACCUACUUCUGGGGUGUGGAGCCCUACGCCCCCACCACGGUGCUGGUCCAGAGACACGAGCCCCAGGGCGUCUCCACCAUCCUCAGCAGCACCGACUUCUUCCAGAGCGAACAGAACCGCACGGUGAUCCUGGAGCAGGCCGACAGCUUCCAGCUCCGGGACAAGUACCUGUUCGCCACCACCACACGGAAACUGUUCGGCAGCCAUGAACCGUCCUCCGUUCAGCUCUGGGUCUCCUACAACCGCCAGCCAAUGAAAGCCGCCCAGUUUAUGACCCGACAUCCAAUCACAGAGUACUACAUUGCGGAUGCGUCGGAGGACCAGGUGUUUGUGUGUGUGAACCACCUGAACAACGUCACACACCUCUACAUCUCCGACACUCAGGGUCUGUCCUUCUCUCUGUCUCUGGAGAACGUCCUGUACUACAGCCCCGAGGGCUCCGGCAGCAACACGCUCAUCAGGUACUUUGCCAACGAGCCCUUUGCAGACCUGCACCGCGUGGAAGGUCUGAGAGGAGUCUACAUCGCCACGCUCAUCAACGGCUCGGCCAGCGAGGACAACAUGCGCUCCGUCAUCACCUUCGACAAGGGGGGGACGUGGGAGCUGCUGCAGCCGCCUGCUGCCGACAGUCUGGGAGGAACCGUGGAAUGCCAGCUCGGUAAAGGUUGCUCCCUCCACCUGGCCCAGCGCUGGAGUCAGCUGUUCAACAUCCAGCUGAGGAGGAUGCCCAUUCUAUCCAAGGACUCUGCACCGGGACUCAUCAUGGCCACAGGAUCUGUAGGCAGGAACUUGGCCAACAAACCCAACGUGUACGUAUCCAGCAGCGCCGGAGCUCGCUGGAGAGAGGCUCUGGCCGGCCCUCAUUUCUACACAUGGGGUGAUCACGGUGGGAUCCUGAUGGCCAUCGCACAAGGAGGCGCCACCACACAUCUAAAGUUCAGCACCAACGAGGGCGAGACCUGGUUCGACUUCCAGUUCUCAGAGAGGGCGGUGUACGUCUACCAGCUGCUGACGGAGCCCGGAGAGAAGAGCACCAUCUUCACCAUCUUCGGCUCCUACGCCGACCAGAGGCACGGCUGGCUCAUCCUGCAGGUCAACACCUCCGACGUCCUGGGUGUGCCGUGCUCUGACGCCGACUACAAGCGCUGGUCUCCGUCAGACGAGCACGGUAACGAGUGUCUGCUGGGCCGAGAGGUGACGUUCAAGAGACGAGCUCCUCACGCAACAUGCUUCAACGGAGAGGACUUCGACCGGCCCGUCAGCGUCGCUAACUGCUCCUGUACACGGCAGGACUACGAGUGUGACUACGGCUUCAGGUUGAGUGAGGACCUGUCUCUCCAGGUGUGUGUUCCUGACCCUGAGUUCUCCGGUGACCUCUACGCUCCUCCGGUUCCGUGUCCCAGCGGCACCAUCUACCGACGCAGCAAAGGCUACAGGAGAGUACCAGGAGACAGCUGCAGUGGAGGAGACGUGGAGUCCAGGCUGGAUGGAGAGAUGCUGCCCUGUCCUGUCGGAGAGAGUAACGAGUUCAUCCUGUACGCCGUGAGGAGCUCCAUCCACCGCUACGACCUCGCCACCGGCACCGACCAGGCUCUGCCUCUGGCCGGACUCAGGGAGGCCGUGGCUCUGGACUUCGACUACGACAGGAACUGUUUGUACUGGGCCGACAUCUCACUGGACACCAUACAGCGUCUGUGUCUGAACGGCAGCACGGGUCAGGAGGUCGUAGUGAGGAAGGACCUGCGGAACGUGGAGGCUCUGACCUUUGACCCCAUCAGCAGGCUGCUCUACUGGGUCGACGCCGGAACGCAGAAGAUCGAGGUGUCAAACCCAGACGGUGACCUCCGCCACACUCUGCUCAACUCAUCGGUCCUGGAACAUCCCAGAGCUCUGGUUCUACUGCCUGGAGAGAGUCUGAUGUUCUGGACGGACUGGGGCGACCGUGCGGCCGGCGUGUACCGGAGCUACAUGGACGGGACCAACGUGUUCUGCGUGGUGUCGGAGGGCGUCCGCUGGCCCAACGGCAUCACGGCAGACGACCACUGGCUCUACUGGACCGAGGCCUACAGCGACCGCAUCGAGAGGGCCGACUUCAGCGGGAACCAGAGGAGCGUCCUGAUGGAGGGGCUGCCCCACCCGUACGCCAUCGCCGUCUUCAAGAACGACCUGUACUGGGACGACUGGUCCAGAAUGGGGAUCUUCAAAGCUCCAAAAGCCGGUUCCCAUAGCAACGAGCUGAUUGUGGGCAGACUGACCGGAGUCAUGGACCUCAAGAUCUUCUACAAGGGGAAGAACAGAGGACAUAACGCAUGUGCCGACCAGCCGUGCAGCCUGCUCUGUCUGCCUCAGCCGGGACACCGACACACCUGCGUUUGUCCCGACGGAGCCCCGACCGUCACCAUGCCCAACGGAGAGCUGCAGUGCCAGUGUCCCACCGGGUACCUGCUCCAGAACAACACCUGUGUCAAGACCGAGCACAGCUGUCUGCCCAACCAGUACCGCUGCUCCAACGGCCGCUGCAUCAGCAGCAUCUGGAAGUGCGACAGCGACAACGACUGUGGAGACAUGAGCGACGAGCAGGAGUGUCCCACGACGACCUGCGACCCGUCCAACCAGUUCCGCUGCAUGGCCUCGGGUUCCUGCAUCCCGCUGGCCUUCAAAUGUGACCAUGAGGACGACUGUGGAGACAACAGUGACGAGGAGCACUGUGAGUCUCACCAGUGCGGCCCCGGAGAGUUCACCUGUGCACGAGGAGUUUGUAUCCGCGAGGCGUGGCGCUGUGACGGAGACAACGACUGCAGAGACUGGUCAGACGAGGCCAACUGCACAGUGGGCCACCAUACCUGUGAGGCCAGUAGCUUCCAGUGUCACACGGGUCACUGUAUCCCUCAGCGCUGGAUGUGUGACGGUGACGACGACUGUCAAGACGACUCAGACGAAGACCCCCGAUACUGUGAGGGAACUCGCUGUAACGGCUUCCUCUGCUCCAAUCACACCUGCCUCCCAGCCACCGCUCACUGCAACGGCAUCCAGGAGUGUUCAGAUGGCGCCGAUGAGCACAACUGUGACCCGCUGUGUACUCGCUACAUGGAAUUCGUGUGCAAGAACCGAGCCCAGUGUCUGUUUCAGUCUCUGGUGUGUGACGGGAUCAAACACUGUGAAGACGGAUCGGACGAGGACGCCGACUACGCUGGAUGUGCCACGCCGUCUGAGUUCGGUAAAGUGUGUGACGCCUACACCUUCCAGUGCGCCAACGGAGUGUGUGUGAGUCUGGAGUGGAAGUGUGACGGCAUGGACGACUGUGGGGAUUAUUCUGAUGAAGCCAACUGUGCUGCUCCCACUGAGGUCCCAGGAUGCUCCAGGUAUUUCCAGUACGAGUGCAAAAAUGGACGCUGUAUUCCGACGUGGUGGAAGUGUGAUGGAGAGAACGACUGUGGGGACUGGUCUGAUGAGGCCCAGUGUACAGGUGGAGUCACUCCUCACACUGUGGCCCCCGGUCCCUCCACUUGUGCCCCGAACCGUUUCCACUGUGGCUCUGGAGCUUGCAUCAUCAACACCUGGGUGUGUGACGGAUACGCAGACUGUCCCGACGGCAGCGACGAGCUGGGAUGUCCCACAGCAGCUAAUGGCUCGGUGACGGUCCCUCCGGCGCCCACUCAGGCUCCGCCCUCUCCUACGCGUUGCGUUCGGGGUCAGUUCCUGUGUCGUCGACCCCCCCGCUGCAUCCCCGACUGGCAGCGCUGCGACGGUCAGCUCCACUGCCAGGACGGCUCAGAUGAGGCCCACUGCCCCACCCGCGGUCCUCUGUUCUGCGUGAACGGGACUCUCUGCUCUGACGGUGAAGCCUGCGUUCUGGACAGCGAGCGCUGUGACGGCUUCCUGGACUGCUCCGACCACAGCGACGAGGACAACUGCACCAUGGACUCCCUGGCCUACAAAGUCCAGAACCUCCAGUGGACACCAGACUUAUUGGGGGCCGUCACCCUGACCUGGUCUCGCCCCAAAAACCUUCCUCUGGACUCCUGCUACUUCCUCAUAUACUACAGACUGGUGGGAACCCAGCAGUGGACCAUCAUGGACACUCACAGCAACAAGACCAGCUACAAACUGACGGUGCUGAAACCGGACACCACCUACCACGUCAAGGUUCUCACCCAGUGUCUCAGCAAGCUGCACAAGACCAACGAGAUGAUCAACGUGAGGACGCCAGAGGGACUGCCCGACCCCCCCAGGAACCUGCAGCUGUCCUGUGAUAACGGAGAGGACGGGAAGGUGGAAGUGUCCUGGAGCCCUCCGGACAAAGGCCACGGUCUCAUCAGAGAGUACAUCGUGGAGUACAGCGAGCGAGGAGGUCUGGACUGGAUGUCACAGAGAUGCACCAAAAACAGCAGCGAGGUGAAGGAGCUGCAGCCGGACACUCUGUACAGGUUCAGGGUGGCAGCAGUGACCAGUCGAGGUGUGGGCAACUGGUCCGAGGUUAAAUCCAUCACCCCAAAGAAAGCUCUUCCUCCUCCCUCUGUGAUCGCCGACAGCAUCACCAACGACUCCAUGAGCCUCUCGUUCAGCUUCAACUCCCAGUACGAGGUGAAACAGUACAUCGUCAUUCUGUCCUGGCAGUUUGACACCCACGUCAAGGAGAGCAAGAAAUACACCGUCACAGAGCGCAUCCUCAAAGCGACCAACCUGACGGCGGGGACGGUGUACGAGGUGGCCGUGUGGGCUCACACCAGUAUAGGAGACAGUCCCACCGCGCUGUCCCACCCCCAGACCGCCAACACACAGCCCGAGAGGCCCCUCCUCAAAACACGGGCCCUCAACCAGACCGCCGUGGACUGCAGCUGGUCCGCCAGCAAACCCCCCGCUCAGAUGUAUGGUGUGUUUUAUGCCACCUCCUUCCUGGAUCUGUACCGAAGCCCCCGUCAGGUCUCCACCUCGUCCCUCAGUCUGACGGUCACAGUGGACAGUGACGAGCAGUAUCUCUUCCUGGUGCGAGCCGUGUCCCCCUUCAUGGGUCCUCCCUCCGAAUACUCCGUGGUGAAGAUGAUCCCCAACGAGAGGCUUCCACCCAGGAACCUCCAUCGGGUUCGGGUCGACAAGACGCAGGCCACGCUGAAGUGGCAGCCGCCGUACGACGCCCCCAACUCUCCGCUGACGUAUGCGAUCCACGUUCGUGACGUGAUCCGUAAAGAGGAGUGGGACUACAAGCUGAGCACCAGGAACAACACGGUGGAGUACCAGCUGAAGGGCCUGGAGCCCGGAGGACGAUACAGCAUCUCAGUCCGCCUCCGCAACAUGACCAAGGAGGCCAGCUUCACCCUCAGCACAGUUCCUCUUCAGGCUCCAGAGGCUCUGAAGAUUUUGACGGAGCGAGAUCACGUGUUCCUGUUCUGGAAGAGUCUGGCUGUCAGAGAGAAAGGCUUCAACGAGAGCAGGGGUUAUGAAGUGCACGUGUACGACAGCUUGACCAACCAGACGUCCUUCCUUGGAAACACCACGGAGACGUAUUUCCGGAUCAGCAGCCUUCUGUUGGGACACAACUACACGUUCUCUGUUCAGGCCCGCUGUCUGCUCAGCAACCAGCUGUGUGGAGAGCCGGCUCUGCUGCUCUACGACCAGCUGACAGCAGGGGCCAGUGACGCGUCCCGCGGUGAGGGCCACUCCGGGGACGUGGCGGCCGUGGUGGUCCCGGUCCUCUUCCUGCUGCUGUUGGGGGUUUGUGGCGGUCUGGUGGCGCUCUACCUCCGACACCGCCGGCUGCAGAACAACUUCACCGCCUUCGCCAACUCCCACUACAACUCACGCCUGGGCUCGGCCAUCUUCUCCUCCGGGGACGAACUGGGUGACGAUGAUGAAGAUGAUCCCAUGAUCAGCGGCUUCUCAGACGACGUUCCCAUGGUCAUCGCGUAGCGAGACGUUCCACCUCCAUCACCUGUUUCUCUCUUCCUUCCUCUCUCCUCUCCC